UCCCUCAAAAUUAUAAAAGCAGGAAAACUCAAGACAAAGAAAUCCAACAAGGCUAGUGAUUUCAGCGAUAUGGAGAAUUGGCCAACACCAAGUGAAUUAGUGAACACUGGAUUUCAGAGCGUCCUCAGCCAAGGAAAUAAAAAGCCACAAAAUAGAAAAGAAAAAGAAGAGAAGGUUGAAAAGAGAAGUAACAGUGAGAGCAAAGAAAAUCGGGAAACAAAGUUAAAUGGUCCUGGUGAAAAUGUCAGUGAGGAUGAGGCUCAGUCAAGUAAUCAACGAAAGAGAGGUUGGAGGCGAGAUAGAGAAAAAAGAGAUGAUCAAGAUGAAGUUUCCAGUGUGAGAAGUGAGGGUGGUAAUAUCCGAGGUUCCUUUAAAGGUCGAGGAAGAGGCCGAGGACGGGGAAGAGGACGAGGCAGAGGAAAUCCUCGAUUGAACUUUGAUUAUUCAUAUGGUUAUCAAGAACAUGGUGAAAGGACUGAUCAACCAUUUCAAACAGAACUUAAUACCAGUAUGAUGUAUUACUAUGAUGAUGGUACAGGUGUACAGGUGUAUCCUGUGGAAGAAGCAUUGCUUAAAGAGUAUAUUAAGCGUCAAAUUGAAUAUUACUUCAGUGUAGAAAAUUUGGAACGAGACUUCUUUCUUCGGGGAAAGAUGGAUGAACAAGGUUUCUUGCCUAUUUCCCUGAUUGCUGGUUUUCAGCGUGUUCAGGCUCUCACUACAAACCUUAAUCUCAUCUUAGAGGCACUGAAGGAUAGCACAGAAGUAGAAAUUGUGGAUGAGAAAAUGAGAAAAAAGAUAGAACCAGAAAAAUGGCCAAUUCCAGGCCCUCCUUCACGCAAUGUGCCACCAACAGACUUCUCUCAACUGAUUGAUUGUCCAGAGUUUGUACCAGGCCAAGCCUUUUGCUCACAUACAGAGUCUGCCCCAAAUUCUCCAAGAAUUGGAAGCCCAUUGAGCCCAAAGAAAAAUAGCGAAACAAGUAUUCUUCAAGCAAUGUCUAGAGGUUUGUCCACCAGUUUGCCUGACUUGGACUCAGAACCUUGGAUAGAAGUUAAAAAGAGACAUCAGCCAGCACCAGUGAAAUUGAGGGAAUCAGUGUCUGUCCCUGAAGGGUCAUUAAAUCAGCUAUGUUCUUCAGAAGAACCAGAACAAGAAGAACUUGAUUUUUUGUUUGAUGAAGAGAUUGAACAAAUAGGACGAAAAAACACAUUUACUGAUUGGUCUGAUAAUGAUUCAGAUUAUGAAAUUGAUGACCAAGACUUAAACAAGAUUUUGAUUGUAACUCAGACACCACCUUAUGUGAAAAAACAUCCCGGAGGAGAUCGAACAGGCAACCACAUGUCUCGGGCAAAAAUCACAUCUGAACUUGCUAAAGUUAUCAAUGAUGGCUUAUAUUAUUAUGAACAGGAUCUAUGGAUGGAAGAAGAUGAAAACAAACAUACAGCCAUAAAGCAAGAAGUUGAGAACUUUAAGAAGCUAAAUCUCAUUAGUAAAGAGCAGUUUGAAAACCUAACACCUGAACUUCCUUUUGAGCCAAACCAAGAAGUUCCUGUAGCACCUUCACAGUCCAGGCAAGAUUUGACUGAUGAAUUAGCUCAGAAGCUAUUUGAUGUUUCAGAAAUAACUUCGGCAGCAAUGGUUUGUUCGUUGCCUACAGCAGUUCCAGAAUCUCCUAGAAUUCAUCCUACAAGAACACCCAAAACACCUCGAACACCUAGGUUACAAGAUCCUAACAAAACACCAAGAUUUUAUCCUGUUGUUAAAGAACCAAAAGCCAUUGAUGUAAAGAGUCCAAGAAAGAGAAAAACAAGGCAUAGCACAAAUCCCCCUCUAGAGUGUCAUGUUGGUUGGGUAAUGGAUUCCAGAGACCAUGGGCCAAGAACAUCCUCUGUCAGCACUUCAAAUGCUUCACCUUCAGAAGGCGCACCACUAGCAGGAAGUUAUGGAUGUACUCCUCAUUCAUUCCCAAAGUUCCAGCAUCCUUCUCAUGAACUUUUGAAGGAAAAUGGCUUUACCCAACAAGUGUACCACAAAUAUCGUCGAAGAUGCCUAAGCGAGAGAAAACGCUUGGGAAUUGGUCAGUCCCAAGAAAUGAAUACCCUCUUUCGUUUCUGGUCCUUUUUCCUCAGAGAUCACUUCAAUAAAAAAAUGUAUGAGGAAUUUAGACAACUUGCUUGGGAAGAUGCAAAAGAAAAUUACAGGUAUGGGUUAGAAUGUCUGUUCAGGUUUUAUAGUUAUGGACUGGAAAAAAAAUUCAGGCAAGAAAUUUUUCAGGAUUUCCAAGAAGAAACCAAAAAAGACUACGAAUCUGGUCAGCUGUAUGGACUAGAAAAGUUUUGGGCUUAUUUGAAAUAUUCACAAUCUACGACACAGUCUAUUGACCCAAAACUUCAGGAAUACCUCUGUAGUUUUAAGAGGUUAGAAGACUUCCGUGUUGAUCCCCCUAUUAGUGAGGAAUUUGGAAGAAAAAGACAUUCAUCUACUUCUGGUGAGGAGAGUAAUCGUCAUAGACUUCCACCUAAUUCCUCUACAAAGCCACCAAAUGCUGCUAAACCUACAUCUACCAGUCAGCUUCAGGUCCCAAUAAACGAUCCCAGAAGGAAUACUUCACCGGAGUCCAGUGACAAUUCACAUUAAACAGUGCUGCCCGUGGCCUGUGGUCUCAAGAAAUGGUGAAAUGCCUGAGAAAUAGACUCUUACGAAAGUUCUUUGUCCUUGAAGUCAACGUUUACAUCAGUAUUUAUUUAGGGAAAAUCUUCUGAUGUUUAAUUGAGAUAAUCAGAAAGAAGAAAAAGAAAGAAAAGUGGUAGCAUUUUUUCUAACAAGAUAAAUUCUAAAAAUGUUUUCCCUGAUUUCACAAACAAGGAUAGUCUUGGUGACCUUUUAUAGAGAUCCUCUAGUAAUGUAUUUUGAUCUCAGAUUUCUCUUUCAAAGCCAUGGUUUUACAAAAACAGCAUUCCUUAAAUAUAUUUAAAAAACAAUACAAGGAAUGCCUAACAUUUCAGCUCAUACUUCUUAAAGAAGAUAUAGUAUGUUGUAUUCUUCUAUUCUAUAGAGCUUUCUUAAAGAAUCCACAAUCCAAUUACCCCACUGUCAAUUCAUAUUUGAACUUACCAAAAACAAAGGAGGAUUACGUAUAUAUUUUUUAAAUUCAAAAAAGAAUAUGAAAUUAUACAUUUAGUAUUUCUUUGAGACAUAUAGUUUAAACUUUUUUUUUAAACAAAAGUAGGAAUAUAUAGCAAGAUUAUAGUUACAGUGAGUAUAUGCACUUUUGAUGCUAGGUUUUGCUUUUCUCCCCCCAGUCAUAUCUCAUGAUUUCCACAGUUGUUGUAUUGGUGCGGAGUUUUCUGAAUUGGCAUAAGCUGAUUACAUAUUAGAGGUUUAUUUUUAUGAUUCUAUAUAAACGUGCACAAGUAAUUUAAAACCUACAUUGGGGUUGGUUGGAAUAUUGUCCUGAACUAAUUAAAUCUUGCACUGUUUUGAAUGCAUCUGCUAUUUAUACAUCUGCAAGUGGGUAGGUCAUAAGGAGUCAGAUUAUCUUUAAUUUAAAAUGAAUACUUAGUUUUACCUUUUUAUUUUUGUUUAAUUUUGUUUUGUCUUUAUAAAUGUUUUCAAGAGUUAUAGCAAAUUGAUUUCUAAUUUUUAUUGCUAUUACAACUGAUGUAAAUGAUAGUUUCAGUUUUUGUGAGAUUAAAAAAAUAAAGCACUUAUUCUGAAUUUUUUGAAUUUUGAAUUAUUUUUAUUUAGAAUAUAGUUGAAAAGCUGUAAUAUUCAGUUUUGCUGGUAAAAGACCAUUAAUUUUUGUGAAUGAAGUUUCAAUUAUAAACUUACAUCCACUUUUAUUGAGCACUACAUAAUUUACAGAUAUUUUGUUGUAUUGGCAAAAGCAAGUGGUUUCAUUAUGCUAGAUUAAUUUGUAUUUUCUUUUUGAGCAGAUUGGAUGUCUUGUUCUUAUAAAUUAUAAUAUUGAAAUGCGUAUAAUCUUUGGAUGGAUGGGCUGUUAAUUUGUAAAUAGGUUUUCAGUAAGUUAUUUCUCAUAAGUAAUAAUUGGCAAUUUUAUAAUAUUUACUGCUUGGAGGGUCAUUUUGAUGCUUUAAAUUGCUGAAAUACUCAAAUUUGAAUAUUCAGAAAAUAAAUUUAUUUAGAUAUAUUGUAAAGAGACUGCAAAACAAGCAAUGGGUUAGAAUAAUAGAUCUUCAAGUCUUUUCUUAAAUGGGAUAUGUAGUUCCAGCUUUUCAGUGAGAAAUUUCCAAACCAUGCUUGUUAGCUUUAAAUGGUCUCUUGAAAUGAUCUAUAAAUUUUUCUCAGUGUCCUUUUUGUGUUGAACACACACAUCUGAAACCUGUAUUUAACCAGAUAUUUCUACUCAACUGAAUAUACAAGUGUAAAUUUGAUUGGAAAAUUGUGUAUUAUAAAUGAAAAUACAAUAA